AAACGAGUUCAGACCCUGGGUAGACAUCAAGCCUGUGAAAGCUAUAAAAGCAAAGGCCCAGUACAAGCCACCAGAGGAGAAAAUGACCCACGAAACUAGUUACAGUGCUCAAUUCAAGGGGGAAACCAGUAAGCCUGCUCCAGCCGAUAACAAAUUCCUGGAGCGCAGAAGGAUACGCACUCUCUACAGCGAACCCUACAAAGAACCACCAAAGGUGGAAAAGCCUAGCGUAAAGCCUUCCAAACCAAAAAAGACCACAACAAGCCAUAAACCCCUGAAAAAGGCCAAAGACAAGCAGAUUGCAUCUGGUCGGGCUGCCAAGAAAAAGAGCGCUGAGACCUCCAACACAGCAAAGCCAGAGGACAAGGAGAAAAGUAAAGAGAUGAACAAUAAACUGGCUGAGGCAAAAGAGACCCCUGAAAAAAACACUGGUGCUACAGACCAAGAACCAAGUACCUUAGUGCAGGAUCAACGCACAUGAAGUCAAGCACUUUCCUCUGAGCGGCCGUUGGAGCAAACAUAGAGUCUGCAUGAAAUGUGUAUCAUCCGGCUGGCAUACAAUAAAGCUGAUGA